AUGUGGGGGUCUGGCCAUGCCCGGCCGGAGUCGGCUGGGGCGCGCUAACGGGCGCAGAGGCUGGGCUGAAGUAGCUUUUCGGAACCAGCUCUGCGGAGGCUGAUGAAGAGUUUGAUGAACUGUGUUUUGAAUUUGGCCUGGAACUUGAUGAAAUUACAUCCGAGAAGCAAAUCAUAAGCAAGGAACGAGGUAACGUGAAGGCACAGGGGGCCUCGGACAUUGUGCUUUACAAGAUUGACGUCCCCGCCAACAGAUAUGAUCUCCUGUGUCUGGAAGGGCUGGCCCGGGGACUUCAAGUCUUCAAAGAAAGGAUAAAAGCUCCAGUAUAUAAACGAGUAAUGCCUAAGGAAGAAAUCCAAAAAUUGAUUAUCACAGAAGAGACAGCUAAAGUGCGCCCUUUUGCUGUAGCCGCAGUUCUCCGGAAUAUCAAGUUCACUGAAGAUCGAUACGACAGCUUCAUUGAGCUUCAAGAGAAACUCCACCAGAAUAUUUGCAGAAAGAGAGCACUGGUUGCUAUCGGCACUCAUGACUUGGAUACUUUAUCAGGCCCGUUUACUUUCACUGCAAAACGUCCUUCAGAUAUCAAGUUCAAGCCUCUGAAUAAAACUAAGGAGUACACAGCUUGUGAACUCAUGAACAUAUACAAGACUGACAACCACCUUAAGCAUUAUUUACAUAUCAUUGAAAAUAAGCCUCUGUAUCCAGUUAUCUAUGAUAGCAAUGGUGUAGUCCUCUCAAUGCCGCCGAUCAUAAAUGGGGAUCAUUCAAGAAUAACAGUAAAUACUAGGAAUGUAUUUGUCGAAUGUACAGGGACUGACUUAACUAAGGCAAAAAUUGUGCUUGACAUUAUCGUCACCAUGUUCAGUGAAUACUGUGACGACCAGUUUACGGUUGAAGCAGCUGAAGUAGUUUCUCCUAAUGGAAAAUCAAGUACCUUUCCAGAGCUGGCUUACAGAAAGGAGAUGGUGAGAGCUGAUUUAAUUAACAAGAAAGUUGGAAUCAGGGAAACUCCUGCAAAUCUUGCCAAGCUCCUGACCAGGAUGUAUCUGAAGUCAGAAGUCAUAGGUGACGGCAAUCAGAUUGAGGUUGAAAUUCCUCCGACCAGAGCCGACGUCAUCCAUGCAUGUGACAUUGUGGAAGAUGCAGCUAUAGCUUAUGGCUAUAACAACAUUCAGAUGACUCUGCCGAAAACAUACACCAUAGCUAAUCAAUUUCCUCUCAACAAGCUCACAGAGCUCCUCAGAGUUGACAUGGCUGCCGCUGGCUUCACUGAGGCACUUACAUUUGCUCUGUGCUCCCAAGAAGAUAUUGCUGAUAAACUUGGCUUGGAUAUCUCUGCAACAAAGGCAGUCCAUAUAAGUAACCCCAAAACUGCUGAGUUUCAGGUGGCGCGCACUACCCUUCUUCCUGGCCUUCUGAAGACCAUAGCAGCAAACCGGAAGAUGCCCCUUCCUCUUAAACUGUUUGAAAUCUCUGACAUUGUAGUAAAAGAUUCCAGCAAAGAUGUGGGUGCAAAAAACUCCAGGCAUCUCUGUGCUGUUUAUUACAACAAGAACCCUGGGUUUGAGGUCAUUCAUGGGCUGCUGGACAGAAUUAUGCAGUUGCUCGAUGUGCCCCCCGGUGAGGAGAAGGGGGCCUACACGAUCAAAGCAUCAGCAGGUUCUGCAUUCUUUCCUGGGCGGUGUGCUGAGAUCUUUGUCGGGGGUCAAAGCAUCGGGGAGCUAGGCGUCCUUCAUCCUGAUGUUAUCACCAAAUUUGAGCUGACCAUGCCCUGUUCCUCUCUAGAAAUCAAUAUUGAGCCUUUUUUGUGAA